AUGGUGAACUGGCGAGGGAGCAGGGUCAGGACCGUCGCGAAACCCCUCCUCAUCGUCCUCUUGAUCAACUUUCUCUCCCUCCUCUACGUUCUGCGGCACCACCCCAAUCCCUCAGCCGACGACAGCCCACCGAUUGUGGAAAGGUUCCAGGCCGAGAAUUUGAAACCCUGGCCGACCCUCCCCUCCUUUCUUCCAUGGGUACCGAAGUCCAACCCCGCUCGGGGUUCCUGCGAGGCGUACUUCGGCAACGGCUUCUCCCGCCAGAUCGAGAUGCUGAAGCAGGUAGAGGGGGGCUCUUCCAGGGGUGGUCGCGGAGGGUGGUUCCGGUGUUCCUACAGCGAGACGCUUCGUAGCUCGGUUUGCCAGGGAGGGAGUUUGCGGAUGGAUCCCCAGCGGAUUAGGAUGUCGACAGGUGGGGAGAAUUUGGAGGAGGUGAUGAGAAGGGAGGAAGAGGUGGAACUGCCCAAAUUUGAGCCGGGAUCGUUCCAGAUUGAGUCUGGCCGUAGCGGCGAUGGGAAGACCGGAGGAAGAAUCAUGACCGAGGAGGUACUCGAUAAUGUUGUACCGCGGGGUGCCAUCCAUUCACACACGAUGCGCCAUCUCAUCAGUUCGAUCCAGAUUGUAGGUCCCGGCGAACUUCAGUGCUCUCAGGUCAGCUUUCUCAUCUGUUCCCACGGAAUUUCUGUGUUCAUUGGUGGCAUUAAGUUUAAGAUGGUAGGGAGAAAUCUGAUCCCUUGAUUGAAAGCUCUCAAAUUAUGUGCUCAUUACCUAUGCUUGGAUAGUCUGAGCUGUUCAUAUCUCCAACGAUGUGUUGGUGAAGAAAGCGCCAGUUCGAUGAUCGGUUUCAUGGAACCAAGACUCUAUAAUUCGAAUUCUUGGGUAGGUUACAGCUAGGUUGGCCUCGAAAUAAUUGAGAAAAUAUUCUGAAAAAUAAUUCUGAUUGUAGAUCCCUUGUAUCGCAUCUCUUUUAGGUCCUUGGUGAAAAAAGGGAACGACUUGAUAUAAAAAACUGAUGAUGAUUAAGAAUUAUGAUUGCCUGUGUAGACUUCCAUGCAUCUCCUAGCUUGGUAAUCAGUAAUGCAAUAGACUUCAUCUGAGAAUUAAUGUUUCUGAGUGGAGAAUUCGAUAAUGUAUGAGGAUGCAUCCUUGUAGGUAAUUUAUGAUUCUUAGUUUGUCAUUCCUAUCAUCAUAAUCGUGUUCGUGCUGAUCGUCCUCAGUUUUCUUUCUUCUUUCUUUUUCUCUAUUGAUGUGGAUGGCGAUGAAGAGCUAUCUAUUAGUAGUAAACUGUCGCAAGCUGUCUUGAGCUGUUGUUGCUUUUCUGAUUAUCCAAGCAAUUCUUAGUCUGUAGGUGUUGCUAACCAUAUGUUAUCCAUGAUCAGAGUAUGCUUAUUCAAGCAGACGUUUUUAAACUGCCUGAUUGAUGGGCAAUUGAUUUGAUUAUCAUUCAGUUAAACCCUUGAAAACGGACGAAGAAAUCUAUUAGCUUGGUGGGUUUUUUGUGGAGAAAAUAUCUUAAUUUCUGGUGGCCUGCCACAUUAUCCACAUCAUUGUUUCAUGUUAGUCCAUUUCUAUUGCAGUGGAUUGAUGAACCGACAGUUUUGGUGACACGCUUUGAGUAUGCAAACCUUUUCCAUACGGUCACCGACUGGUACAGUGCAUACGCGAGCUCAAGGGUCGCCAACUUGCCCUAUCGGCCUCAUUUGAUAUUUGUUGAUGGCCAUUGCAGGGUAAGUGACCUGAUUAAUUCUUUCAUAUUUCCCUGCACAGCUCCUCUUAAGUGAAGAGAUCGUUCAUAUCCUUUUUUACUGUUUUUAUACAUAUUGGAAAAGAGCAGGGUGUGGGCCUUGGCCAUUAAUUUUGACAUCGUUUGUGCUAUAGCAAGCAUAUCUUAGAUAUUAAAAAUUUUAAUGUAAAAAAUAUCAAUUAUUUCAUAGAAAAUAGCUUGAAUUACUCAGAAUGGUUUCAACAACCAGGGGCGGGCAGAUUUCUCUCUCUGAGUGGGGUUUGAGCCUGCUGACCACUUGUGCCACCAUGAUUGCCUUCUUCAUGCAGACAUCACUGGAAGACACUUGGCGAGCCCUGUUCUCGAGCGUCCGCUAUGCCAAAAACUUCACCGGGCCUGUAUGCUUCCGCCAUGCAAUCCUCUCCCCCCUUGGCUACGAGACAGCUCUGUUCAAAGGCCUAUCCGAAAGUUUCAGCUGCCGAGGAACAAGGGCCCAUGUCCUCAGAGACAAACCCAAUGAUCGGAGAACGGCAAGACUGACCGAAUUCGGAGAGAUGAUCCGAGCAGCCUUCGGCCUUCGGACCGAUGACCCCACGGCGCCAACGCCACUCUCGGGCAGCCACAGCAUUCUCUUCGUGCGCCGGGAAGAUUAUGUGGCCCACCCGCGGCACAGCGGGCGGGUGGAAUCUCGUCUGAGCAACGAGCAGGAGGUUUUUGAUGCUCUGCAGAGCUGGGUGGCUCGGCACAGGAGCAGCUGCAACCUCACGCUAGUCAACGGCCUGUUUGCUCACAUGGAGAUGCGGGACCAACUCCAGGCAAUUCUCGGGGCCUCGGUCGUCGUAGGGGCUCACGGGGCCGGUCUCACCCACCUCGUCGCAGCGGGGUCGAAGACGGUUGUUCUUGAGAUCCUCAGUAGUCAGUACCGACGACCCCAUUUUCAGCUGAUCUCGGAGUGGAAAGGAAUGGAGUACCACCCAAUAAAUCUGGCCGGGUCGUACGCCGAUCCUCAGGUGGUCAUCGACAGACUGACCAGCAUAAUGAGGAGUUUGGGAUGCUGA